AUGUGGAGGAUCCAGACGUGGCUGCUUGUCACGGCCCUCUGCGCUGGGAGCCUGGAGGCCUGGUUUUGGAACCGAGAACCAGUUCCCACCACAGAAAUCCCCACGGAGACGACGGCAGUGACAGGUGCCGCCGUGACACCCAGUGGCACGGAGACGAAGAAGGUGGAGGAGGAGGAGGAAGACGACAACCUGUCCGGGGUCGGGGAGGAAAUCAUCAACGUGGCCACGGGAAUCCGUCAGAUUGUCGCGGCGUGGGACGGGACCCCGACCACCACGACUACUACCGCGGGCCUUACAGAGAAGGUGGCGAGCGUGACCCCGAACAUGACGGGUAAUACAGACAGGCUCAGAGGGGAGAGGGCGGAGGAGGGGUCUCGGGUGGGGGCAGGGGAUGGAUCUGGCUCAGGAUCAGCGUCCACAGAUGAUCUUGAGACAGAUCUCGAGUCGGUCUCGACAGGUGAUAAAGUCCUGCUGCGCAAUUUAACCGGCGAUGUUUUAAAAGUGAACGGAACCCUCGGGGGUGCACUGGAGUCAGAGCCGACCCCCGCCGCUAGUCGCACCCAACCGUGUCUCCCGGUUCCCUCCGAUUGGCCCGUCUGCUCGGGCAAACAGCCAAAGCUUUUCACGCUGCCCAACUUCUUCAACCACACGUCCGUGGAAGAGGUGGGGGCGGCGCUGCAGGAGUGGGCGUGGCUGGGGAGGGCGGGGUGUCACCACGGCACAGAGUGGUUCCUCUGCCUCCUGCUGGCCCCCAGGUGCCCCUCGCCCGGCGCCCCUCCGCUCCUGCCCUGCCGCAGCUUCUGCCACGUCCUGCGGGACAGCUGCUGGGCGUCCCUGGAGGACGGGCGUCUCCCGGUGGAGUGUUACCUGCUGCCGGAGAGGGCAGAGGAGCCCUCAUGCGUGUCAGUUAGUAACUGGAAAGAGGAGAGUGGUGUCUCCUUGCUCCAGCUGAUAGGAGACCCUCCACCCAGUGAGAUCGCCAGGGUCAACGGGCCGAGAGGGGAGGCCGCCUAUGCCUUCUCCGCCGCGACGGUGUCGGGCCAGCCAGCUCUGGCCCACGUCCCCAACCCAUUCUACCGCCACUUCUCCCUCCUUUUCCACAUCAAGCCAACCACUCCCGCCGCCGCCGUCCUGUUCUCCAUCAUCGACGGGCCCCAGAAGCUCAUGUACGUUGGCGUCAAGCUCAGCGCCGUGAAGGCCGGCCGCCAGAUGGUGCAGUUCUUCUACACCGAGCCCGACUCGGAGGCUUCGUACGAGGCGGCCUCCUUCGACGUGCCCAGCAUGGUGGACACCUGGAGCCGCUUCUCGCUGUCCGUCUUCGAGGAGCAGGUGACCUUCUACCAUGGCUGCGACUCGGAGCAGAAGGUGGUGAGGUUUGAGCGUUCCCCGGACCCCAUGGAGUUUGACACAGGGGCGGGGAUCUUCGUGGGUCAGGCGGGAGGAGCCGACACUGACAAAUUCCAGGGGGAGAUCGCCGAGCUGAAAGUAGUCGGAAGCCCUCGGGCUGCCGAGCGCUUGUGUGACGACGAGGACGACUCAGACGUGGCCUCUGGGGACUUCGGGAGUGGCGAUGGCGAGAGGAGACAAACGGGACACCGUGUCAGGACCACCACUGCACCCUCCCGUCCGGUACCUCAGCCGCCGCUGAUAUCCUCAAAGGGAACCGGACUGAGGGAAUCAGGUCCCAGUGGUGGUCGAGGUGAGAAAGGGGACAGAGGAGAGAAAGGCUCUACGGGGGACAGAGGACCCUCAGGGCCAAAGGGAGAUUCGGGGUCCAGCUCUGGCUCUGGUGUCUCCUCCUCCUCUCAGGGUGGAGGAGGAGGACAGAAGGGGGACAAAGGUUCAAAGGGCAGUUCUGGCUUCGGAUACCCCGGCAAUAAGGGAGAGCGUGGGGCUCAGGGGCCUGCCGGGCCCGCUGGUCCUGCCGGCCCUGCGGCUGAGGUGGUCCGACUCGGGGACGGCUCUGUUGUGCAGCAGAUGUCCGGGCCCGCCGGACCCCCGGGGCGGCCAGGGUCGGAUGGAGCCGCAGGAAAACCAGGAGACGAUGGGGAGAAUGGUGAUCCAGGAGAGGAUGGAAAGGCUGGUCCUGCUGGGCCACCAGGUUUCCCAGGAACUCCAGGAACAUCUGGCCAAAAGGGUGACCGUGGAGAGGGUCAGCCAGGACCCAGAGGAUCCCCAGGUCCACCAGGACCCCCUGGACCUGGCACUGGUGAUCGCCCAACGUUUGUUGACAUGGAGGGUUCAGGAUUCUCAGACAGGACGGCCCGUGGUCCUCCUGGUCUCCCCGGUCUUCCUGGCCCUCCCGGGAUCCCUGGUACUUCAGUAGCACUGGGAUCCAAUGGUCCUGUAGCCUUCGGACCCCCGGGACCACCGGGACAAGAUGGAGUCCCUGGUCUGCCCGGCCCCGCUGGUCGUCCUGGUACUCCUGGUCAGCCUGGAUUCAGAGGAGAGAAGGGUGACUGUGAUCGGCUCGGUCUUUCAGGAGGAUCUGGUGAAAAGCAAGAAACACAGGACUCCAACAUUUUCACGGGCUUCUUCUCUUACUUUAAACCAUCCCCUACGGGUUCUACGGGCGAUCCCGGACACAAUGGUGUACCAGGGCAGUCUGGGCUUGCAGGGCUUCCAGGUCCCAUGGGACCAGUUGGACCUGCAGGGCCUCCCGGGCCACCGGGCCCAUCUUACCGUGGCGGACUUAGUGGCGGAUACGGGAUGACCGAGGGCUUACCUGGACUCGCAGGCCCACCCGGACCACAGGGUCCGAGUGGCAUUGCAGGUCUCCCCGGUAAGCCAGGUUUCCCCGGCAGCCACGGGGACAAAGGAACAGAAGGAGCACGAGGACCACCUGGGAUGCCAGGCAUUGACGGAUUCAAAGGGCAGCCGGGUGAAAAGGGAGAUCGAGGAUGGAAAGGAGAGAUCGGUCUGCCAGGACGCGACGGAGGACCACCCGGACCUCCAGGGCCUCCCGGGCCUCCAGGACAGGUCGUCUCCGGGCAAUCAAGAGAUUAUAACGACCUAUAUUGGGACGAAGGGUGGCAGGGAGGAGCUGGUACUCCAGGACGAGCAGGAUUCCCGGGGCCCACAGGACCAAAAGGAGAUAAAGGAGAUUCAGGUCCUCCAGGAUAUGCACCUCAGGGACAGAAAGGCGAGCCUGGCAUCAUCAUGGGGCCCGAUGGGACCCCAAUGUACCUGGGUGGCCUGGGAGGACAGCCGGGUGAGAUGGGACCCCCUGGCCCUGUGGGACCUGCAGGCUCAUAUGGUCCUGAAGGCCAGAAGGGAGAGAUUGGGCUUCCAGGACGACCGGGGCGGCCUGGGCUGAAUGGCUUCAAAGGAGAUUCAGGCAGUGGAUCUGGAUAUGGACACGCUGGUCCUCCAGGUGCACCAGGCCCUCCUGGACCUCCCGGACCUCCAGCUCCCAUCGACAGACUCGGAGGACACAUGGAUUACUCCGGACACUACCCAGCUCUUAAAGGAGAGAAAGGAGAUCCUGGAACAGGAGGGGUUCUUCAAAUUCCAGGUCUCGGGUCCAACUAUGACAUUUACACUUUAAAGAAUGAGUUGAAAGGGGACAGGGGCAAUGAUGGCUUCAAAGGAGAGAAAGGAGAACCAGGAGGAGGAUAUUAUGACCCCCGCUAUGGAGCCAGUGGACACGGCAGCCCAGGAGCUCCUGGACCUCCAGGCCCUCAAGGUGACUCCAUCGUUGGCCCACCAGGCCCUGAGGGUCCAGCGGGUCAACCAGGAAGAGGCUACGAUGGGCGUCCCGGAGAGCCAGGGCCGCCUGGACCCCCAGGUGGUUCUCUAUCUGAAACCCACAGGGGCACACAGACGAUCAAUAUUCCUGGGCCCCCGGGACCACCUGGAGUGCCUGGACUACCUGGACACACAUCUGGGGUGACGGUGUUGAGGUCUUAUGACACCAUGACAGCCACAGCUCGAAGUCAGCCUGAGGGCUCGCUGGUUUACAUUUUAGACCAAACAGAUCUGUACCUACGGGUCCGCGAGGGAGUUCGACAAGUCCAGCUCGGGGACUAUAUUCCUUUGCCCAGAGAGGAUGGUAAUGAGGUAGCAGCGGUGGAGCCCCCACCUGUUGUCCCCUACUCCCCGGAUCACCACUCCAACACUGACUCCCACAGACACGAUGACAGGCACCCACAGCCUGAUGAGUCCCAUGUGACGCACACAGACCCUCGGUACGCGCCAAACCCGGACCCCAGAUACACAACCCGCCCUGACCCGCGGUAUCAGCCAGAUCCACGGUACCCGGUGCCGGCAGAUCCAAGAUAUCCAAGUUACACAGACCGACAAAGCCACCCGGAUGGUAGAUAUUCCGUCAAUACGGCCCAUGAACGCUACCCUGUCACACCUCAGCGAAGACCUCAUCCUCCUGUGGCCCAGACCCCAGCCCACCAUCACACUUCAGGUCCAGGGCUCCACCUGAUCGCCCUGAACAGCCCCCAGACCGGCUCCAUGAGGGGGAUCCGCGGAGCAGACUUCAUGUGCUUCACCCAGGCUCAGGCCAUCGGGAUGAAGGGAACUUUCCGGGCCUUCCUGUCCGCCAGGCUCCAGGAUCUCCACAGUAUCGUCCGCAGGGCAGACAGGGACCGCAUGCCAAUAGUGAACCUGAAGGAUGAGGUUCUGUUUGACAACUGGGACGGCAUCUUCAAUGAUGGCCGAAUGAAGGAUAACGUGCCGAUCUACUCCUUCGAGGGCAAGGAUGUUCUCAGCGACAACACAUGGCCAGAGAAGAUGAUGUGGCACGGGUCGACCAGCACCGGUCAGCAGCACGUCGACGGCUUCUGCGAGACGUGGCGUGUGGGCGACCGGGCUUUGAACGGCAUGGCGUCGUCGCUGCAGAGCGGCAACCUGCUCCAGCCGAGCUCCAGCAGCUGCUCCAGCUCCUACGUGGUGCUGUGCAUCGAGAACAGCUACAUCUCUAAGAGAUAA